AUGGCCAACAACUCUUUUCGCGGGUCCAAACAUGGCCGGCGUGGCGAGGCCAACCACGAUGCGGAGUUCAGCUGCUCAUUGCAGGAGAUGCGCUCCCUCAUGGAGCUAAGAGGAGAAGAGUCAUUGACCAGGAUCAAGGAAAGUUACGGAGAUGUUAACGGACUGUGUUCCAGACUGAGAACGUCACCUGUCGAAGGUUUAGAUGGAACGUCGGAAGACAUCGACAGAAGAAAACAGGAGUUUGGACAAAACCUCAUCCCUCCUAAAAAGCCAAAAACCUUUAUGCAGUUAGUGUGGGAAGCCUUGCAGGAUGUCACGCUCAUCAUCCUGGAGGUCGCAGCCAUCAUUUCAUUAGGCCUUUCUUUCUACAGUCCUCCCGAUGCUGACAGACAGCAUUGCGGCAAAGCGGCUGGCGGCGUGGAUGAGGAUGGUGAGGCGGAGGCUGGAUGGAUCGAAGGCGCUGCCAUCCUGCUGUCGGUGGUCUGCGUGGUCCUAGUGACAGCCUUCAACGACUGGAGCAAAGAAAAGCAGUUCCGUGGCCUCCAGAGCCGCAUCGAGCAGGAGCAGAAGUUCACCGUUGUCCGAGGGGGGCAGGUGAUCCAGAUCCUAGUGUCCGAGAUCGUCGUCGGAGACAUCGCACAAGUCAAAUAUGGUGACCUCCUCCCGACAGACGGCGUCCUGAUUCAGGCCAACGAUCUGAAGAUUGAUGAGAGCUCUCUGACCGGAGAGUCGGACCAUGUGAAGAAGAGUGUCGACAAGGACCCCAUGUUGCUGUCAGGUACCCAUGUGAUGGAGGGCUCUGGCAAGAUGUUGGUCACCGCUGUAGGUGUAAACUCUCAGACGGGAAUCAUCUUCACGCUGCUUGGUGCUGGUGAGGAAGGUGGCAGUGAUGGUGAUGAGAAGGCUGACAAAGAAAAGAAAGAGGAGCGGAAAAAGAAAGAGAAGAAGGACAAGAAAAGUAAAAAAGAAGAAAAGGCAAAAAGAGGAAAAAAGAAGGCUGCUGCGAUGGAGAUGCAGCCGCUCAAUGAGGACGGAGAACCGGAGAAGAAGAAAAACCUACCAAAGAAGGAGAAGUCAGUCCUCCAGGGGAAGCUGACCAAACUGGCUGUGCAGAUCGGCAAAGCAGGUCUGUUCAUGUCGUCUAUCACUGUCGUCAUCCUCAUCACUCGCUUCUUGAUCGAUACCUUCUGGAUUCAGGGGGUCCCCUGGGCCAGCGAGUGUGUGCCCAUCUACGUGCAGUUCUUGGUCAAGUUCUUCAUCAUCGGUGUGACGGUGCUGGUGGUGGCCGUGCCUGAAGGUCUCCCUCUGGCCGUAACCAUCUCACUGGCUUAUUCAGUCAAGAAAAUGAUGAAGGACAACAACCUGGUACGCCACCUGGACGCCUGUGAGACGAUGGGCAAUGCCACGGCCAUCUGCUCCGACAAGACGGGCACGCUCACUAUGAACCGCAUGACGGUGGUGCAGGCCUACAUCGCAGGGAAUUUUUACAAAAGGUUGCCGGAGCCGAAAGAGAUCCCUGCCUUGGCCAUGGACCUGCUUGUCCUAGGCAUCGGGGUCAACUGCGCCUACACAACCAAGAUUAUGCCUCCAGAGAAGGAGGGUGGGCUGGCUCGCCAGGUAGGAAACAAGACUGAAUGUGCCUUACUGGGAUUCUCCCUCGACCUGCACCGGGACUACCAGACCAUCCGCAACGAAAUCCCAGAAGAGAAACUGUUUAAGGUUUACACCUUCAACUCUGUGAGGAAGUCCAUGAGCACCGUGAUAAAGAACCACGAUGGCAGCUACCGAAUGUUCAGCAAGGGGGCCUCUGAGAUCCUGCUCAGGAAGUGCUGUAAGAUCCUGACAUCCACCGGCACAGCCAAACCCUUCAAACCUCGUAACCGAGACGACCUGAUGAAGCAGGUGAUUGAGCCAAUGGCGUCGCAGGGUCUAAGGACCAUCUGCCUCGCCUACAGAGACUUCCCCGUCGCUGACGGAGAGCCCGACUGGGAAGAUGAGGCCCACAUCCUCACUGGCCUCACCUGCCUCGGCAUUGUUGGCAUUGAGGACCCUGUACGACCUGAGGUACCAGAAGCCAUCAGAAAGUGCCAGCGGGCCGGGAUCACUGUCCGCAUGGUGACCGGAGACAACAUCGAUACUGCCCGGGCCAUCGCAACCAAAUGUGGCAUCCUGCUACCUGGAGACGACUUCCUGUGUAUGGAGGGCAAAGAGUUCAACCGACGGAUCCGCAACGAGCUCGGAGAGAUUGAGCAGGAGCGUCUCGACAAGGUUUGGCCAAAGCUGAGAGUCCUCGCCAGAUCAUCUCCGACAGACAAACACACUCUGGUCAAAGGUAUCAUCGACAGCACUGUGCUGGAGAAGAGGCAGGUUGUCGCCGUAACUGGAGACGGAACAAAUGACGGCCCCGCACUCAAGAAAGCGGAUGUUGGUUUCGCCAUGGGCAUUGCGGGGACGGACGUGGCGAAGGAGGCGUCUGACAUCAUCCUGACAGACGAUAACUUCAGCAGCAUCGUGAAGGCUGUGAUGUGGGGCAGGAAUGUCUACGAUAGCAUCUCCAAGUUCCUGCAGUUCCAGCUCACCGUCAAUGUGGUCGCUGUCACCGUGGCCUUCACCGGAGCCUGUAUCACCCAGGACUCUCCUCUGAAAGCUGUGCAGAUGUUAUGGGUCAACCUCAUCAUGGACACCUUCGCUUCACUGGCUCUUGCCACUGAGCCGCCAACCGAGGCGCUGCUGCUCAGGGAGCCGUACGGUCGCAACAAGCCGCUCAUCUCCCGCACCAUGAUGAAGAACAUCCUGGGACACGGCAUCUACCAGCUGACUGUAAUCUUCACCCUGCUCUUCUUUGGUGAGAAGGUGUUUGACAUCGACAGUGGCAGGAACGCCCCCCUCCACGCCCCGGCCUCUGAGCACUAUACCAUAGUGUUCAACACGUUUGUCCUGAUGCAGAUCUUUAACGAGCUCAAUGCACGCAAGAUUCAUGGCGAGAGGAACGUGUUCGAGGGCGUCUUCAAGAAUCCCAUCUUCUGCUCCAUCGUCCUGGGAACCUUCCUCUUACAGAUUGUCAUCGUGCAGUUUGGUGGUAAACCGUUCAGCUGUGUGAGUCUUAACUUCGAGCAGUGGCUGUGGUGUGUCUUCCUGGGUGUCGGCAGCCUCUUGUGGGGACAGCUGGUAUCCAGUGUCCCCACCAGCUGGCUGAAGUUCCUGAAGACAGCGGGUCACGGCACGCAGCAGGAGGAGAUUCCUGAGGACGAGUUGGAGGAGAUGAAAGACCAGGACGAGAUCGACCACGCUGAGAUGGAGCUGAAGAGGGGCCAGGUGCUCUGGUGCCGCGGCCUCAACCGCAUCUCGACGCAGAUUCGUGUAGUGAACGCCUUCAGAGACAGCGUGUCUCCUUACGAAGGACUGGAGACACCUGAGUCUCGGAGCUCCAUCCACAGCUUCAUGAGCCAUCCGGAGUUCCACAUCGAGGACUCGAUACAUCAGAUCCCCCUGAUCGACGAGGCUGAGUGCGAGUGCGACGACGAGCCUCCUACCAAACGAAACUCCACCGUCCUCCCGGCGCCACUGACCGGGCUGUCCACCCAGCCGCCUCUCCCGUCCUCGCCCAACCAGAACAACAACGCUAUGGAACGCAUGAUUCCGCUGCCUGGCCUGAUCUUGUCCAACUCAGCGGGGCUGCCGCCGUGUCCGGGGAGCCCCCUGCACAGCCUGGAGACGUCACUCUGAGGCCCCGCGCCCAGACCGGACCACUUCCUGUUACGAAUGUCUGUUCGUACUGUGUUUGUUACGGCGAGAGUUGUGGUUCUUCUGAGAGAAUGAAAAACAUUUUAAAAACAGACUCGUCUCAUUGGUUCUCGACAGGAGUUCACCUGCUGGUUUUUAGAAUCCAGGAAGCAGAAAUGUUCCCAGGUGUGUUUGUGGUUGUGUACUGAGCAGGCGGUGCAGCUUCACACGGACUGAUGUUUCCUUCUUUAUUUUAAUAGACAUGAACUCUGCAGUCGUUGUUUAGGAGAAGAGUGUUUGUAAGGUGAUCGAUCAAUAAUCAGUUUCUGAUCUGUAAAUAUUGAUGUUGGUGUUCAGACGUAGUCAGAGCUCGUUUUAAUCUGAAGUGUUUCGGUUUGUCAGCAAGCGAGCUGACGUGAGCCGACGGUGACCGUUCAGGUUAGUUUUGUGUCGAGGUUUAACUUUAACAAUCUGUGACUGAAAUGUUUAGCGUCAGUCAGCUUUAAUGCGAAUGGGGGGGGGGGGCGGUAUUCUUACAAAGAUGUGUGUUUGUAGACAGAAAGGUUUGAAGUAAAUGUUUAACAUUGGAUUUUAUUCUAGCAUUUUUGUAUAAAAUGUUUUAGGUUGUCGUUUCAUAAGAUGUAAAA